CCCGCGCCGCUCAUGCGACGGUUGGGCGCGUCAUCCGCCUACACAGCUGUGCCGACAGACCUACACAGCGAGGGUGCCGAGGGUGCCGAGGGUGCCGAGGAGUCCCCCGCGGAGUCCCCCGCGGAGUCCCCCGCGGAUGAUGCCCCCACCGACGUCUCGCUCGACGUCAAGCUCUCGUUCCGCCGGCUGCCCAAGGGGACGUGGGUCAAGCUCCAGCCCAGGUCAGCCGACUUUCAAGGCGAACUCGCGACGGAUAACUCGGUGGACCUCCGGGAGUUACUGGAGGCGACGCUACACCGCCGCUGCGCGCUGACGGUGGGCGACGACGUCUCCGUCCGCGCGCACGGCGAUCGCGAGUACGCCCUACGGGUCGUGGAGGUUUUGCCCGACGACGCCGACGGAGCGGUGAGUCUCGUGGAAACGGACGUCGAGGUUGACAUCGCUCCGAGCGAGGAUUACGAAGACGCGAUGCGACGCCUCGCGGAGGCGGCGGCGGCGGCGAGGGCGGAGAGGUAUCGAGCCGCGGUGUCGGAGAGGCUCCCGGUGGAGCCCGACGCGGACGCGGCGGGCGGUUGCGUGCCGUGCAGGUUCCAGCUCCCCGACGGUCGGACGGUGACGCGUCGUUUCGCGCCGACGGAUCCGUUGGCGGCGGUGUUCGACUACGUGAUAUCGGCGGGUGGCGCCGGCGAGGGCGAGGCGUUUCGGCUGGUCACCCGGUGGCCGCGGACGGUGACGGAGCUCGACGACGGAGCUCGGACGGUGCGUGCCGCGGGUCUUAAGCCCGCGGACACCCUGUUCGUGGAGAAGCUGGAGAAGACCGCCGCUUGAGUAUUCAUUCUUUGAUAGAUUUGAGGCGGCGCGAUUGCGCCUGCGCGAAGCCUCGAGCGUUAAAACUGACAGAUACAACAGCGCAC